UAAUUGAACCAUGAAAAAAUUGGCCCAACUUAAUUUGGUCAAUAACGUCAACAAACCAUAACAUCUUUCAUUCUUCACAGAAGUUUCUGGGUUUACCAAUUAAAUUAGUUAAUACUUUGGCGCAAACAAUUUCUUCUUUGCUAAGCAUAGUUCUUCACAAGAAGUGUUAAAAUCUCUUUCUAAGUUCUCAUCAGUUACAAAGUUUAAGUUUUUCAAUUCUGGGUUUCACAUAAUUUUGACAAAGUUUAGGUCUUGGAUCAUCAAUGUCUUCUCCUGCAGAGUGGUAUAAUUCACUUCCUCCAAUAAGCAAGGGUUAUGGGACCAUUUGUCUUCUGUUUACUGUAGCAUCUCAACUAGGACUCGAGCCUUUCUAUAUUGCAUUGAUAUAUGAAAGGGUUUUCAAGAAUCUUGAGGUAUGGCGGCUUUUCACGAAUUUCUUUUUCCUUGGCGGUUUUUCAAUCAACUUUGGAAUUCGCCUGCUAAUGAUAGCAAGAUAUGGAGUUCAAUUGGAGCAGGGACCGUUCCAGAGGAGGACAGCAGACUUUUUGUGGAUGAUGAUAUUUGGAGCACUCAGUUUGUUGGCAUUAUCAGCGAUCCCCUUCUUGUAUACACCAUUAUGUGGAAUAUCACUCGUCUUCAUGCUUCUUUAUGUUUGGAGUAGAGAAUUUCCAAAUGCCAAUAUUAACAUUUAUGGCCUUGUCAGUCUAAAGGCAUUUUACUUGCCCUGGGCGAUGCUGGCAUUGGAUGUUAUUUUCGGCUCACGUCUUUUGCCAGACUUUCUUGGUAUUGUUGCUGGACAUUUGUAUUAUUUCUUGACCGUACUUCAUCCUCUUGCUGGUGGAAAGAAUAUUCUCAAGACUCCUGCAUGGGUACAUAAGAUAGUUGCGAGGUGGAGAAUUGGAGCUCCAGUACCCUCUCGUCCAGCAGCAGGCACUGCCCCUGCUCAGCCCGAGAGAAAUACAGGUGCUUUCAGAGGGAGAGCUUAUCGUCUCAGUGACUAAAUGCAGUUUUGUAUCCAACACAAAACACUUUCAUCUGAAGCCUUCUUUCUUCAGAAGAGCGGCAGAAUGAUAUCAUUGGCACCUUUCUGCAAAACACGACACAACCGGUAAAUGUAUCGCUUUUAACAUUUCACCGAGGCAAACGAACAUCAUCGUCCUUCAAUUUAAAGAUCUGCUGAGAGACUGGUUCUGAACUUCCAACUUUAUCUGGUACAGUUGAUGUAACAUUGAAACUAACAGUUACAAAUGCAUGCAUUUAGUAUAUCAGUAGGACUUGUAGCAGAUUAAAAUGUUACAUUGCGUCUCCUUUUGUGGCUUUGAUUUGUCAUUCAAUAAUUUGGCCAGCUAGUAUCUUGUCAUAAACGUUAAUUAUUAGUUGUCUGCAUAUAGAUCUAUGUUGAAUGAGUCAAGCUAUUAUGUUUACUUA